GUCGAACGGUCGACUCACUAUGGACAGCUAACAAGCCUAGACCGCGCAGACAGUGCGUUUUCGAUUGGAAGCAUAAAUACAACCUCCGACAUGACACCGUCGGAGCCGUGCGGUUCCCCAGGCGCAACACCUAGCCUGGCGGGAAGAUCUUCCCUUUGUGGCGGUCGAGCAUAAUCACCUAGCUCCCGCUACAGUGGUCACCCGACGUGAUUGAAAGCAGCCUUCGUCAUCAUCACACCCGACGUGAUUGAAGCAGCCAUCGCCAACGUCGUACUCUCCAAUCUUCACCAUCACUCCUCGCACCCUCAUUGGUCUCAAGUCAGCAGCAAACAGUCACUCGCAGCAGCAAGCCAUCACUCAUCUUCAAGGGCAUCUACAGGACCAUCGCAGCCGACGCAACGCGCUUCCUGGUUCUGGCACCCGCAACUCUCUUCGACUUCAUCGACGCCGACGCACCCUGCAGCCCACGUCUGGACGCGCGCACUCACCGGCGUGGCAGCCAUGUAGGGACCGGUGCCAACAAGUCAUAUUCCGCUCACGACAGUCUCGACUCACCGCAGACUACGAGCUCAACCUACGCAUCCCGACUCACUGGGACAUCGAGUAACAUGGCACACACGAGAAGCACAGACUGCACGUCAAGACUUCAUCAGACCUUCGGUCUUGGGGAGGAGUAAUGUGGCGACAUCUACCACGCCACAUGCACAACGGCGCAGAUGUAAAAAGCCGACCAAACGCAACUAAUAACAAGCCACACAAGUGAUCCAGGACACUACGGACAGAUGGCAUAACGGUCGAACGGUCGACUCACUAUGGACAGCUAACAAGCCUAGACCGCGCAGACAGUGCGUUUUCGAUUGGAAGCAUAAAUACAACCUCCGACAUGACACCGUCGGAGCCGUGCGGUUCCCCAGGCGCAACACCUAGCCUGGCGGGAAGAUCUUCCCUUUGUGGCGGUCGAGCAUAAUCACCUAGCUCCCGCUACAUUGUCAUCUCUUUUUGUAUGAAGUCAUUGCAGUCAUUGUCACGGUUGUCACCAAUGGUAAAAUAACCAAUGGAAUCAGCAGAAUGACGGAAGGAAAGGAUCAUUCAACAAGCAACAAGGAAAAUUGAAUUGAUGGUAGGACAGACGGAAGGAACAAUAAAACUCAAAAUAAAAUUGAACCUAUUUAAUGACAGAUAAAAAUUAUGUUUAGUCAACCCCUCGAAGCAGGUCCGUCAAAAAUAAAUAAGGUACCCCACAAAAAACGUAACAAGCGCAAGAAAAAGAACAACCUGAACAAACAUAUUUUUAAAAGAGACAAGAGGAAACAGGUCAAAACUGGGUGUCCAAUGUCCAACUGGGCGGAGAACUUCGCAGUGCCUGCCACCUGGCAACUGAAGCAUCAGGUUGCUUAUUGGAAAGCGCGCGCCAAAUCUCUGGAGUAUGAAAAUAAAGUGCUACAUGACAUAAUACGUAAAAGACAUGGAGGAGAUAGUGUUGCCGGGGAAUCAGAGCAUAGUGAUUCUGAGAGUGUCAAUGAGAGGGACAUUGUUGAAGAAGCAGAGGUCAGUGGAGAAGAUGGAGAAGAUUUUGAGGUUAGCGAAGAGUUUAUUCAGUUUCUUCGAGCAAAUGCUAAAUAUAAAGAAGAUGCACGAUUAGAACGAGAAAGAUUGAAAGCAAUGCAGGAAAAUUCUGAUGCAGCGGUGGAAGAAGUUGUCGCAGAGACUGCGGAGGAUAGACAAAGGACUUGGGAAGAGUUAUAUGGGGAAGGUUGGCCGAGAAUCUCCACAUUAGAAAUGUCAUUGCAUUCUCAUUUUAUAAAUGAAAGUGAUAUGAAUAAGCCUGUGUACUGGCCUAAUAUUCCUCUGAAUUUGAAUAGUUAAUUGUUUAUGGUUGUAGGCUUAUUUUUUGGAAAUGAAAUUAAACAUUUUCAUGAUGUAAAUGUGAUGCGAUUAUAACAAGUGUAACAAUGCAAUGCUAAACAAGCAUUGCAUUGUGUAUCAAUAAACUUUUUGUGAAAUGGCGCUAGUAUGUGAGGACUGAUCACCCAGCUGGUGCUCUCAUUGGUGUCCCCAAGAGUAAAUAAUAAAUGUAAUACUUGUGCAGGUGCCAGGGAUAACAUAAAUAAUGUAACAUAACACCACCAUAUGGUUCUAAAUAAAUCCAUACUAAUAUUAUAAAGAAAGAUUGUAUUUUUGUUUUUUUGUCUGUAAUGAUUAAACUCAAAAACUACUGGGCCAAUUUUGAUAAAUAUUGGCACAGAGAUAGGUGAAAGCUUCAGAAGUGACAUAGGCUACUUUUUAUUAUGGUUGUACCCGAACGAAGCCGGGUCGAGAUGGUAGUAAAUAAUAAUUCUAAAUAAAUAAAUAAUAAUUGGAAUUGAACCAUACAUACCAUGUCAGCAUGUGAAUUAUCAGGUAGUGUAAUUUAAUUUCCCUCCUUUGUGCUUGGGUAAUGCUAACUUAUAAUAUUAUUAAAGCUAACUUAUUACACUACUAUUAUUAGUAGUGUAACUGAACUAGUAUUAUUAUGGCUGGUUAACUAUAUUAUUCAAUUUAUUUAUUUUCCCCAAUUCCCCAUGGUGUAACUACUCAGUUCUCUAUGCCCGAUUGGACUGUGAUCAUAUUGUUGUUCAAUUGUCUAUAUUAUCUCCAGGCUCGAAGGGUUAAUGAGAUAAAAUUAAAAAAAGUAAGAUCACAUAGGCUUGUAUUGCAUGUAAUCAAAUUUUGUUUAAAACCAGCGUAUUGGACAGUGAUGUAAAGUGUUUUUUAUUUUUAUUUUUGACAAAGUUCAGGGCUUUGUGUGACUGUGUCAGCGUCAUGGGGGAUCUCUAAUAUAAUCUUUCAUAAUGGUUGUCCAUGUAAAGUGUAUGUAUGUGAUAAAUCAUAUUUUGUAUGAUUUGUUAUUUUGUUUCAAAUAAUUAUGCAUACAUGAAUAUUGCGUGAUUUUGGUAGUCUAAUCGUUGUUGUAUUUUUAAUGAACUCAACUCUCAUUUACUAGAUUUUAUUUUUGUGAUGUAAAGUGAAAGUCUAACUUUGAUGAAUACCUAUUUGCAUUGGUCCCACACAGCAAGAUGACAUUGAAAAGUGAGACUUAAUGUGUCCUAUGUAGGCAUAGUUUACAUUGACAAUUAAUCAGCAGACUACUAUCAACUGUUGUCUUGUCAAUGUAAAGUAUAUCUACAGAGAACUCUUUAAAGUUCACUUUCCAAUGAACAUAAUUGUACCAAGCUGCAGUUUCCGAAAACAUUACGAUUUCAUAACUUAAUUUCAAUUAAUUCGGGCUAUCCAAUCUGUUAACAUGUAAAGCCACGGAUAUGCCAGUGUAAGAAGAGCUUAAAAAUAAGAUUUAAGAUUUAGGUUUAAGAUUCAGUUGCUGUAUGUACCCAUGGGACAUAUGUAUAUUUGGAUUGAGGAGCCACUUUAAACACAUUUACAACAAUAUAUAAUACCUUUUGAAUAUAAACAGUUUUGGGUUGAGAUUACUAGAAGCUAUAUGUAUAACUGGUAUAAAAUCCUAUGUAAUUUUCAAAAUUAUUCAUCAAAUAGUUUUGAAAUACUCAGAUCAAAUGUUUAGUUUGAGGGGUCACCUUUACAUAGGCUUAACUUUUUGUGUUUAUAACUUUUUGUUUUCGUACAAAUUAGAUUUUGCGUUACAAAAUGACUCUGAUCAUGUACUUAAUGGGCGGUAAAUUUUAAAUCCAUAUAGGUAAGUACAUGCAAUCAUGUCUCACUCACAUAUUCAAAUUGAUUUUCUUAAGAGUUGAGUUUGAUUAACAAUUCAAUGUGACCGGUAUAACGCAUGGAAUUAGUAGGUACUGGUUGUACGGAAUACUUACUACCUCCAUGCAUUGAAGACAUCAUAUGGCGUUCAAUGUAUUCAUGUUUCGAUUUAUAUUUUGUUUUUUAGUUGGUUGUAUUAAAAUCAAUAUCUUUGUGUCAUAAAUUGAUUAAUGUUGUAAAUUAUAAAAUUAAUAAUAAAAAAAAACAAGGUAUUGUACAUUUAUUUCAAUAAAGUAUCAAAACAAUA